UUUGACUGGUUGAGUUUGCGUAUCUAAGGAUUCUUUUUAAAAAGCUCCCAGGAGUAAAGGCGACCCUAAACAAUGCGAGUGAGUUGAGAAUGAUUCUGAUGACACAGCACGUUGAGAUCUGCAGUCACGCUGACCUGCCCAAUAACAGAGCUGACACUUUUCCCUCCACUUUACUCAAGCACGUCAAUGAAAGACACAUUUAAGUGGAAGCCACACCUUCCACCAGCCGUGAGCCAAUGACCUUCAGAGGAGAGGUGACGAACGACACACCCACCUUUGUUCCAAGCCAAUGGGAAGGUAAAGGUCAGGAGGGGGAAAACUUGCCCCAGGAUCAAUUAGUCUCGCGUCAGUGACCUUCUGCAAAUGUGUGGGAGGAAUUUCACCAGCUCUCCUCUGACUUUCAGGUGUUGUUAGUAUGGGAAGUCGACAACAAUGGCUUACGAGACUGAAGAAUGAACUGAGCAACAGUCCUCUGGUGUCCAACGUGGCUUUCGGCUUCAUCCUGAUGGGACUGGAGAAGUUGGUGGAGCUGGAGUUUGAGUGUCCGUGUAAUCCGGCCUGGAACGGGUUGUUUUCCUCCGCAUUCUUCAUCAUUCCCGCCGUCAUGGCCUUCGCGCUGAUGAUGAUCAUUCAGGGAUGCAGGUGUGACGUCUGGUGCAGGAGGACCGUGUCUCUGUCCAGUUUCGUCCCCCCUGUGGUCUGGUUGAUCCUGCUCUUCCUGGACGGUCAGUAUUUCGCCUGUGCGAUGACAGACUGGCACGGUCGGUUCGUGAUCGUGGACAAAGCCGCUCCGCAGAAAUGGUGUGAACCCAUUCAAGAAGAGAGCGUCACUCCUCAGGAACUCAUGCUGCGCUCACAGCGACUGUUUGUGGAGUCUCAGGUGAUCGGCAUAGUGCUGCUCAUUUUUAUCUGUUUCGGACUGGUCGUGUACGUGAUCAGAGAAAGCUGCCAGCAGGAGCUGGAAACACAAGAUGCCAAUGUGGCGGAGAUGACCCUCUUCAGCUCCAGCUGA